AUGACUGAAGCUCAGCAAAGAGAGACUCGAAUCCUCUUCGACUAUGCAUCGCGCUGCGCAGAGCAAUUCGUCUCCCUGUACUACUCGGCAUCGGACUCGCCUUCAAGAUCUCAGCUGAUUCCUACGCUGUAUCUGGACACUUCGACGAUCGUAUGGAAUGGCAACCCUAUUCAAGGUGUGGCCGGAGUAGCUGAGCUGGUCUCGAGGAUGCCUUUCACGAGGUACGAGGUGCAGAGUGUAGACUGCCAUCCGAUGGGAGGUGGGCAGGGAGGUACUGGGAAUGCUCAAGGCCUACAGCCGCCUUCACUUCUUCUGACGGUCACGGGCGUGGUCACACAUCACACACCCUCUUCACAUACUGCUCUACCACCAAGUAAUGCUCCUGCAUCUGGCAACAGCAACAAGAAGUCGGGCCCCAACAAUUACGAUUCCAGUCUGCCGCUCGAAUCGCUGCCGAGAGGCUUCAGUCAGAACUUUGUCCUUGUUGAUGACCCGGCAAAGAGGGGCGAGGGAGGAGUCGUGGUCAGUGUUGAGGCUGGCGCUGGUCCCAAGGGAGGCGGAACAGAGACUCUGACGGGUAGAUACUUUGUCCUGGCGGAUGAAUUCAGAUUCGUAGGAUAAUGGACGGACGUGGAGCCCAAAGAGCAGAAGUCGAUACGGCAAAGUGACAUUGUCGCUCUCAGUUACCGAUCUGAAAUCAAUCAUACCCAAGCAUCAUCUUAAACCAUCU